UCUACAGUUAACAUUGUAGUGUUUAAUUGUUAUUGUUGCUCGUCUUACAAUAAGUAAAAAUGUUUAGCUUGGAUACAUAUGCGGGUGACGCUGUUGUAGGUAUCAGCGGUCCUAUGGACUACAAAUAUAUGAAAGUACUGCGUUUUGUUCUCCGUAUUAUAAGUGGUUGGCCAGGACAGGCCCUCGGCGAGAAAACCCUAAAAAUCGAGGGCAUGGGCCAUGCGUACUACAAUACUAUACUUUCCCUAAUAUAUUUGGCCCUAGGCGUAGCUUAUUUGAGGAAGAAUGCUCAUAGAUUCGGAUUUUUGGAACUUGGACAACUGUACAUAGUGUUACUUAUGAAUAUGUUGUCUACCUCGCGAGCAUUUACCCUGUGCUUAUCGCUAAAGUACCGAGCUGUAGCAAAGAUAUUCAUACAAAAAGUUCAUCUGUUUUAUUUCAAGGACAAAUCUGAUUAUGCUAUGAGCAUACAUGUAACAGUGCACAGGAUAUCAUAUUUCGCAGCUAUUUACGUGAGUAUAAUGCUCUCCAUAGCGGCCUGUCUGUUCAAUCUGAUACCGAUGUACAACAAUUACGCUGCCGGAAACUUCGCCUCGUUCGAUAACUUACAAAAUAAAACGUAUGAACAAGCUAUUUCUUGUUUAUAUCCGUGGAACUUUGAAACUAAUUUCAAGGGAUAUGUUGUUGCAACUCUCAGUGGCUGGUACGGCACAGUAUUGUGUGGCAGCAGCGUAUCCAUGUUCGACCUGUUCCUCUGCCUGAUGAUCUUCAAUCUUUGGGGGCAUUUCAAAAUACUUAUUUACAACCUGGACCACUUUCCACGACCAGCGACAGAAGUGGUUGAUGCAGAGGGGGAGGAAAGAAGCGGCAGGAUUAUAGGGUCCGAAAUGUACUCAGAGAGUGAAUUGGAAGAGGUUUCCAUCAAGUUGAAGGAAUGCAUACAGUAUCAUAUGUUGAUUGUUGACUUUACAAACAAUAUGUCAGAUGCAUUUGGAAUGGCGCUUUUUAUAUAUUACUCCUUCCAUCAAAUUACUGGCUGUCUACUCUUACUAGAAUGUUCUCAAAUGACGGCUGCAGCCCUGUCGCGUUAUUUACCACUAACCAUAAUCAUGUUUGGAGAGCUGGUCCUACUGUCAAUUAUUUUCGAAACUAUCGGCACAAUGAGUGAGAAAUUAAAGGAUGCGGUAUACAAAAUGCCUUGGGAGUACAUGGACACUAAGAAUCGUAGGACCGUAUUAAUAUUUCUCAUAAAAGUUCAGGAGCCAAUCCAUGUGAAAGCAGGAGGUUUGGUCGAUGUAGGGGUCACGACUAUGGCUUCGAUUCUAAAGACGUCGUUCUCAUAUUUCGCUUUCUUGCGCACAUUUUAAAAAAGAUCCCUUUAUAUAUUUAUUAAACAGUGUUUAAUAAUCUUUAUUGUAUUUAUAUUAAGCACUUACUGCAAUGCAAAUAUUACCAAUGUUUUGCACAUUUAGCCAUUUGAUUUACUACUGCAAAAACUUAAUUGCGUUGUUCAUUAACCGUAAACAUCAAUGCGUAGCUACGUAACUGCGUGUCUAGCAAAUGUAGCCACAGUUCGUAGCAUUGCGUAACCUAACUACGCAACGCUGCGAGUGCUACUAUGCAUGUGUAGCAUAUGUAGCCACAGUUCGUAGCAUCGCGUAAACUGACUACGUAACGCUACGUGUGAUAAACGCAUGCGUAACAAAUUUAGCCACAGAUCGUAGCAUCGCGGAACCUGUACUACGCGACGCUACGCGUGCUACUACGCGUGUGUAGCAAAUGUAGCCACAGUUCGUAGCAUUGCGUAAAUUGACUACGCAAUGCUACGAGUGCUACAAGUUCGUUCCGAAGUUAUGAACUACGCUCUUUGAAUUUUAUUGUUGUCUUAGAAUGAAAUUCACAAUGUAGGAUUAUAUUAUAUAAUAUUUUCUGCAAAUUGUUAUAUUUAAUUUAUAUUAUAGUCAUUAAGGUUAUGAAAUAAAAUGUUAAAUACGUUAAUAAAGUAUUCUACACCUCUUGUUGCCUUUGAAGUUUUAUUCUACCAUAUUAAUUAUGAUCGGGCUUGUAAUUGAUGUUGGGUGUGAGAAAAUAGACAUGCAAUUCUAUUCAAGUAG